ACAGACAGAGACAGUAUUAACUGUUCAACUGCGACAUAUCUUUGUCAAUGGCGUGUCAUUCUACAAUCACCCCAGAAAAAGCAGUGCAGGCAGAAACAGAGAAGUGGAGCAAAUUAGAUAAGAUGCUACUGGAGGCCAGUGGACAGUCUGAGCUGAUCUUUUCUGAAGAACUGACCUGCAGUUUCAGAUCAGUCGAAGUUUCUGACAUUGUAAUCAGAGACCUGCGAGUCAUUUGCACUGACAAUGCUGACCAGCAAAUAUCUGCCACACUGAAGAAUGAGGCAGCAGACAUAGCUGGGCUUCCUGUAAAACGCAUCUACACCAGGAUUUGUGGGUCCUCUAAUGGAACGCAGCAUUCAGAGAACUGGAAGCCAGUUGCUGGAGCUUUGAACACUAAGCAGGGCAAGAAAACAAGAUCUUGUUUGGAUCAAACUCAGCGCAGAGAAAUACACAACAGAAAGGAACGAGAUCGCAGGAGACGAAUCAGUCUGUGCUGUGAUGAGUUAAAUCAGUUGGUCCCAUUCUGUUCAUCCGACACUGAUAAAGCCACCACGCUGCAGUGGACCUUAGACUUCCUCAAGUAUAUCAGAGAAAUACAUGGAGAUUCCCUCAAAGAUGCUUUUCAGAGUACAUUCUGUGAGAAGACUGAAGUUCAGAUCAUGCCCAGCUGUGUUCCAGCGGUAGAGCACCUUGAAUCCAACAAUGACAAUAUGAAGCCUUCUUCACACAAAUGACUUGUUGUUUCUGCUGUGUUAUGAGGAGCUUGUGAAAGGACCAUUUUACAUCUUAUUUUUCCACAGUUCAGAAUGUGUAGUGAUUAACCGUUUCAUAUAAAGACUGUUCUUUACAGUCAGUUUUACAAUCAUUUGUUUGCUAAUGCUUGUUCGCAUGAUACAUGUUGAUAUCAGUAAAAUGUUUCAUCUAUUUGUUUGU